AAAAUUCGCCGUUCAGUCACGUUCGCGUCGUUCGCGUUUGUCGUAUCGUGUUGUACUUGUAGUAACUGUUCAAACAUUUUUUAUGCAAAGUAUUACACAAAAUUUAUAUUCUGAUUCAAGACAUUAGAAAAUUAAUAAUUACUUCUUUAUAUCAUACGAAGUUCCUUCUAUGUCCACGCGGUCUAGUUAAAAACAAGUGUUUAACUUUUUGCAUCGUAAUGCCAAAGAUUGACUGAUGAAACACAUUUCGUUCUGUAUAUAUUGAUCGAUUGGCUACUUAAUUGUUUGUUUAACAAGCUGGCAUGAAAAUAAUUCCCACGUGGAUAUGAGGUUAGACGUCUGCACGGUGCAACAUAAAUUAAGCGACUGACCAUCCUCCUGUAUGAUUUCGAUAGCGAUCAGACGGAAAGUAAAAUAUUCGUGCUAUCGUCUGCGAACACAUGCAAAAGCAUGACGUAAUGUAAUACAUACGCAGCAACAGUUUACAGAAUUGAUUAAAUCCUGAAGGCAUCUUCCAGACUAACAGCAGCAUAUCUUGCGAGCUAUUGAUAACGAUUGAACGGAUGCUAACAACAGUCAACAUCGAACUACAGAUAUUGUUUACAGCAUAAUACUUGAUCUCACGUUCAUAUUCACCAAUUAGUUAUAUACAACGAUAAAAAUGGCUCUCUUCCGGAAAGUUAACGAAAAGAUUCCGCGAAGAGCUGUUCUAGGAGCUAUGAUGUUCCUGGCAUGUAUGUUUUCCUAUAUGAUUCGUACAAAUUUGUCAAUUACAAUUGUCGCUAUGGUGAACACAACUAGCAAGGGUGGUGGUGGUGGUGCAGCCUGCCUUGGUACCGAUACCGUUAACAAAACUGUUGUACUUAAAAAUUACGGUGAACGUUAUGAAUGGAAUCAGCAUAUACAAGGUUUAUUACUUUCUGGCUACUUUUAUGGAGUACUGCCAGCGAGUGUACCCGCUGGUUUGUUAGCCGAGAAAUACGGCGGUUCUAGAGUUGUCGCAUUCGCAACACUAAUACCUGCAUUAUUAAACCUUUUGAUGCCUUGGGCUUCUGGCAUUCAUUAUGGUUUAGUGUUUGUACUUCGUUUUAUGAUGGGCUUCUUCGGAGGUGCCGUUUACCCUGCCUUGCACGCAAUGAUAGCGAGAUGGGUCCCUCCUAGUGAGAAGGGCAUGUUCGUAUGGACAAUGCAGGGUGGACCUUUUGGAACCGUAGUAACGUUCGCUUUGUGCGGUCAGAUAAUAAGUGCUCUCGGAUGGAAAGCCGCGUAUUAUUUCACCAGCGGACUUAUAUUAAUUUUUUAUGCUUUGUGGUUUUUCCUUAUAUACGACACACCCGAUCUCCAUCCAGGAAUUACUGAGAACGAGAAGGCUUACAUCAAAGAGCAGAUAGGCACUACUGUCUCUAAACAGAAGGUGAAUUUACCGGUGAAAGCUGUUGCUACCUCGGUGCCGUUCUUAGUUUUGCUGUGGGCUCAUUUUGCGAACAUGUGGGGUAUUUAUUUCAUAGCUACUAACGGGCCGAAGUAUACAUUAGAAGUUCUUGGCUUUGACAUGAAAUCGGGUGGACCGCUCACAGGGUUGCCUUAUAUUGCGAGACUCGGUGCCGGAGUCUUGUUUGCUGCGGCCGGUGAUUACGUACGAAGGAAGAAGUUCCUUACUUUAGGUUGGAUUAGAAAAAUAUUUAUGAUUUUCUCGCAUUUGGGACCAGCGAUAGCUUUGGUAGGAAUGACGUACGCUGGCUGCGAUGCGGUAGCUGCGAUCGUCAUGCUUAUACUAGCUUUAGCGUCUAAUGGAGCUGCAUGUCAAACUAGUCUAGUGAAUCAUCAAGAUCUCGCACCUAAUUACGCCGGGUCCUUGUACGGAAUUAUGAACACCUUCGGCAGUUUUCCUGGAUUCAUCAUUCCACCCAUUAUCGGUGCUUUGACAAAUGAAAGGAACGGAGUAGAAGAAUGGCGUAUCAUGUUCUGGAUCUCAGCAGCGGUAUUUACAUCUGCGAUUGCACUGUUUUGGGUGUUUGGCUCAGCGGAAAUACAAUCGUGGAACGACACGAGCCACCAAAAAGCGAUUCCCGAUGAAGAAACGGAAAUGAACGCGAUAGAAGUGAAGGAACCGCAAAAGGAAGAAGAGGAGCCCGAUGAGAAAUCAGCUUUAUAAUUUAAAAAGCCAAUAUCGAAUUUCUAUUAAUUUAUUUAAUAUAGUGACAAAGCGUGUUGCAGGUCACGCACAGUGCUUAAAGUGGUAGCGAUUGCAUCACCACAAACUGUAUCAAUGUCAUUUUUUUUUUGCGAUCAUUUUGUGCAGCAAAUUUUCAUUUUUCAGUUCAUAUUAUUAUUUCUUCGAAACAAUACAUCGGUUUCGUUCCAGAUUUUUGUUGGAAUACUCGUAUUACCUAUACAACGUUGAACCAGUACACACACAGAAAAUGCUUACGCGAUAUAACUUUUAGUUAGUUUGACGUGACUCAUGUAUCAAAAGUUUGUAUAAUAAUUUUGUAUAAGAUUCCAGAGGGACAAUAAUACAAAAGAUCUAUUUGGAAUCUAUGCGAUAUUGGUGAUCAGUCAAUUACUCUUCGAGAACCAACGUAAUAUAACGAAAUUUUCCUUAAUUAAGGAUAGUAGAUCGUAUACUGAAGUACAUUUGAAAAUGGCAAUAUGAACAUUUAAAAAUACUCGACCGCGUUCUAUUAUUUUGUGCCAAAUAAAACAACAUUAAAUUUAAUUAUCGGCAUCUGGGUCAUGGUAGCGCAACGCGUUGACGUCAGUACGAAAUGAUAUGCGAUCUUCCACGGUUCGAAUUGAAGAAAUUGAUCCAAAUUCAAGUGUGUGUACCGGCAUUAUACAGAAAAAUAUAGCAAGAGCAAUAAUAUAUUUUUAUAAUAUAUAUUUUAUUUUGUAAACAACUUAUGAAUUGUAUAAAAGCGAUAUUACAAAUGACUUUCAUACGUG